GUGACAUAAGCGUUAACGACAAUAAUAUAACCUCGUUCGAUACUAAAAAGUAUUUAUUUAACUAAAAGUUUUAACUCAAUACUGUUAAAGUUUACAGUGUUGUAGAAAACGAUCAUUUGUAUUUCUUGAAGUAAUUUAUAUAAAGUUAAAAUGGCAGAUUCAUUAAAAUUGCAAUUGCAAUUUGCUGGUGGUGCAGAAUUACUGUUUGAUAAAAUUAAAAAGCGAGAAAUAGUGUUGCCAGAAUUAAUUAAAUUAUUCCCGGAAUGCACAGAUAUUAAAUGGACUAUUAAACAUUUAUUAGUUUGGAUUAAAGAUAAUUUAUUAAGAGAAAGACCAGAGUUAUUUCUACAGGGUGAUUCCGUGCGGCCAGGUAUAUUAGUGUUAAUAAAUGAUGCAGAUUGGGAAUUAUUUGGAGAAUUAAAUUAUGAAUUACAGAAUAAUGAUGUUAUAAUGUUUAUAUCUACAUUACAUGGAGGAUAAAAAA